CGUGUAUUGGCUUUAUUCUAAAGUCUCUUGAUCGAAUAUUGUUUAUGGCGCUUGCGCACUAUGGUCAUUCUGAGUUGUAUCUGACUUGUGUGCUGUGCGAUGGUGACCAGAAUGAGGUUUGCGAGGUGUGGGUUCUUGUUGGGAGUAGCCAUCUUGGCUGUCAUCAUCUGUGAUCAGCAGAGUUAUGCAGUCAAGAAGGAAGAGCAACUCGGUGAAAGGGUGAAGCAGCUGGUAGAAUGGGGCAACAAGAGAGCCGUCAUCCGCAUGAACGGGGACAAGUACAGACUCUACGCCAAGAGUGCACCAAGGAACUACUCCCUGGUCAUCAUGCUGACUGCCAUGCAGCCUCAGAGGCAGUGCUCUGUAUGCAAGGCUGUCGGUGAGGAGUUUCAGAUAAUGGCUAAUUCAUGGCGCUACUCUCAAGCCUACUCCAACAGACUUUUCUUUGCCAGUGUGGAUUAUGAUGAGGCUGCUGAUGUCUUCAAAAGCUUGAAGAUCAACUCUGCCCCCAGUAUCAUCCAUUUCCCAGCCAAAGGCAAGUCAAAGAAAGGAGACACAUACGACAUUCAGAGGUUGGGAUUUCAAGCUGAGAAUUUGGCCAAGUGGGUUGCCGAGAGGACAGAUGUACAUAUCCGUAUCUUCCGUCCACCCAACUACUCUGGAACCAUCGCCCUUGGCAUCCUCCUGGCUAUGGUGGCAGGCUUCUUGUACUUCAGACGUAACAACCUGGAGUUCCUCUACAACAAGACCAUGUGGGGUGUUGGUGCUCUGAGCAUUGUAUUUGCCAUGACAUCAGGUCAGAUGUGGAAUCAUAUCCGUGGUCCGCCUUAUGCUCAUCGCAACCCACAGAAUGGACAAGUGAGUUACAUCCAUGGCAGCAGUCAGGGCCAGUUUGUCGCUGAGACCCACAUCGUCAUUCUGCUCAAUGCUGCUGUGACCUGUGGCAUCAUCUUGCUCAAUAAAAACUCUAUUACAGAUGGUGAUGUCAGGAAGCGUAGAGUUGUGACAGUUAUAGGAUUGGCUCUGGUUGUGUUCUUCUUCAGUCUCCUACUCUCGAUAUUCAGAGCCAAGUACAGAGGUUAUCCAUACAGCUUCCUUAUAAAAUGAUCUGUGUUAUCAGCAACACUUCGCUUCGGAGCCAUGCUUGCAGCAUUUUCUUCUCAAAUUUUUUCAAUUUUAGUCAAUUUUGUUUCACGUAGGUGUAGGUAGUUUUCAAAGUUGUUUUAUGCGCACUAUUGUAAAGAGAAAUGAGCUAGCACAAGUAUAACAGAGACACAUCAUGUUAUACUAUUGUUUAGAAUAGAAGUGUAUCUUUCAUAAGCAGCAGGGAAUGCUUGAGCUUCUAUUUAGGGUGAAAUAUUUCAACGAUUACUUUAGGAUUUAUAGUUGACGUAGAACUAUUUAAUUCAUGUAAAAGUGUCAUAAAGCUACAUGUUCUUUUAAAAAGAAUGCUCUAUUGUUUACUGGUAUCGCACUAUCACUAUUAUGUGAUAUAUCCACUCCUUGCAAUACAAAAGAAAUAUAGUAGCACUUAUUUGAGAUGGGAAAUAUGAAUAUGUUACCUAGAAUUGUUAAAGUUGCCCAAUUUUUCCUGAACUUUUGAACUAUCAUAGACUUAAAAUAAGUGUGUAAGUGAAUGUAAGGCAGGAAAAAAUAAAAUUACACAUGAUUUUCAUUUGAUAUGUGGAUUUUCAUUAUGCCUUGAUUUAGUACAUAAAAGUUUAGCUAUAGUCCAGAUAUCAAGUGACUUUUUAUAAUUCAUCACUUAAAAAAAUGUUUACCAAAGUGUUAAGUGGUUACAUCUGUAUUUUCAAUUUUUUCCUAUUUGUUUGUAUCAUGAUAGGGGUAUGGAGUAAUCUUUUUAAGAUUUAUUCAUUUAAUUUUUGAUUGUAUGAUUAUUUUCUUAAAUAAUGGUGAAGAUUUGUUUUUUUUUUUGUUUCUUUUGGUUUCAGUAAAUGAUGUUAUUGUAAUUUGGAAUGUUUUCUUUCAGUUAUGUUAACGUUGAUAAAUUCAUGUAGACUGCAUAUUUUGUAAUAAUGUUUAAAUAGGUGAAGACAAUCUCACGUGAGAAGUUAUGUAAAUGAGUCUUUAUACAAAUUUGUUUUCUGUGGCAGUCAGGAAAAUAUUGUUUGCUUUUGUUUAUUACUUGUGUGGAAUUAUUGUCACUUCGGUACAUAUUAUAUAUGUAUAUUAUGUGUACAUUUACAUCUAUGUGAACUUAUUUCAAAUUUUUAAUGUGACACGAAUAAAUAUUCAUAAAAAGGGUUUUUAUGAAUAAAUUUCAUA